AUUGAGCAGGCAGGGGGUCCCUCCUAAUCACUGCCCUAAACAUGUGUUCCCCCGGCGUAUUAUAUGAGGAGCAGCAGCUCGAGGUCGUAAUCGAUGCGAGGAGAGGAGGAUGCCGCCGCCGCUGGUAAUAUAAAGCAGAAGAGGCAGGAGAGGCCGGCCCCCACGUCUGGCCUUGCUGCUCUUCCUCCCCUCUUCCUUCCCCCACAUGCCCUGCCCCCCGCCCCGCCCCGGCCCUGCCCUGCUGCGCUGCGCCCAAGAUGAUACUUCAGCAAGAACGCGUGUCCUUGUCUUUUGAUUUGCAAGCUUUCAAUGAAGCCCGCAUCUGAUCUGUGCAUCGCAAGAACAUGCAAAUGAUUCGAUCUGUCAAAUGUGUUUAAGGACGUGAGUGUAGCACGUCGAGAAAUAGAAAUGGUUCGUUCCUGCGUUCGGUGGGAGACCAUGACCUGCGCAGCUCGAAUUUGUUUUCCCAAUCACUGAUUAGACCAUUCACGACAUCAAGACUCUGAUCUUUCCUUCCCGGUCGAUUUGUCGCAGCUGAAUCUCCCCCCGAACAAUUAGAGUAGCUGCAUUGGCGGGGAAAGCGCAAGAAGCUCGGCGGCAAUGGCGGAGCAGGCGGCCGCCGGGAGCUACUGGUGCCACAUGUGCACCGUGGCGGUGAGGCCCGCACAGGGCGAGGCGGAGAUGAAGUGCCCGCACUGCCACAGCGGCUUCCUCGAGGAGAUGGAGACCGCCCGCGGCGCGGCCGCGGCCGACGGCGGCGGCGGCGGCGCGUUGACCGAAGUGUACCCUGGCGCGGACCGCCCGAGCUCCAUCUGGGCGCACGCCAUCCUCAGCUCGGGCGACAGCUCUGCCCGCCGCCGCCGCAGCCGGCGCCAGCCGGAGCCCGGCGGCGGAGACGUCCACGACUGGGACGAGCACGAGUUGACGCGGCGCCGGCGCCGCGUCUCCGCGUUCCUGCGGCUCCUGCACGAGGUCCGGGAGCGCCAGCUGCAGCGCCUGGAGGCGGCCGCCGGCGUCGCCAUCGAGGGCGACCAGCUGACGCCUUUCGGCCGGAGCCUCUUCAUCGGCGCCGCUGGCGGCGCCGCCACCGCCGAGCAUGGCGUGGCGCUGGGCGACUACUUCCUCGGCAACGGCCUCGACGCUCUGGUGCAGCAGCUGGCCGAGGGCGACGCGGGGCGCCAAGGCACGCCGCCGGCCAAGAAGGAGGCCGUCGAGGCGAUGCCAACCGUCGAGAUCGCCGGCAGCAACGGCGACGACGCGGCCAGCUGCCCGGUCUGCCUGGAGGACUACGCGCCCGGCGAGCGCGCCCGGGAGAUGCCCUGCAGGCACAAGUUCCAUGCCAACUGCAUCGUGCCGUGGCUGGAGAUGCACAGCUCCUGCCCCGUCUGCCGGUUCCAGCUGCCGGCCGACGACAAUAAGAGCUCAUGCGGCGGCGGCGGCGACGGCGACAGCGGUGGCUACGUCAGCGUCGAUGCUUAUAACGAAGGCAAUGACAAUGGCGGCGGGGAUGGCGGGGCAGGGUCCGCCGGCAAUGCUGAGCCCGAGCGCAUCAGCGUUGCGGAAGCCGAAGAGAGGGGCAGGCGGCUGACGGCAGGCGUUGCGGAAGCCGACGAGAGCGGCAGGCGGCUGCCGGCGUCCCUACAGUGGCUCAACAGCCUGUUCUCGCCGUCCGGCGGCAGCAGCAGCAGCUCGCAGCACUGGGAGGAUUGAGCAAUGGCGACGAUUGCUGCUGGCUGAGCCCAUCGGUGCCAAUGUACAUAGGGGGAGCAUGCCGAGUUGGUGCCGUGGAAAUUUGGAGCCUUUUUCAGUGUGUUAGUUUUGUCAUGUAAUAUUCGCUGUGAAACAGUUCUCAUUGUCGUCAAAAGAACAGACAUGGGCAGGUAUAUGAACUUGCCUCUUGCGUGAAUUUGGUGCUAGCAGCGUCUUCAAGCCAAAUUUGGUUUCUGCAGAGCGCUAA